GCUGCAGCGACUCUGCAUCAGAAAUCAAACCAUCACUGAAUAGAGACUCCAUCUUAUUUUCUGUUUAUCAAACCUUUAUUCACCUCAGACUUCCUUCCUCUAUCAGAUUUAUUUUCCUUUUCAUUUUUCCGCUCCGUCCUACAACACUGGACCUGGAUCAGACCUCCUGGAGCUCCUGCAGAGACACCAUGAACCUCACCCUGCUGCUCACUGUGGACUGAGACCAGAGCGAGCCCUGCCUUCAGCCUCUCUUCACCAGUUAGUUUUGUCUGACCAGUCCGAUGGCCACCAGUCCCAGUGCCGCCCCCCAGUCCAGCAGCAUGGAGGAGCCCCAGCAGCCGGACCAGCCAAUCAGCAUGCAGCCAAAUGGCGAUGCCGACCCCUCCGCCAUAACUUCCCAACCAGCCGGUGUGGAGGAGCAAACUGUGACCUCGACCACAGAUGAUCCAGAGGCGGAGAAGGUGAUGGACCACCUGACGGUGAUCAGUGAGAGCACAGAGACCAGUAAUGGUGUAGCUCCAGUUAUGGCUGAAACAUCUCCCACAGCACCCUCUGUGUCGCCCAAGCUUUAUGCUAAGCCAGGAGGCCAUAUCGAUGGCCAUCCUCGCUUGGGCAGCCGGUCCGGCUCGAUAGCGGCGGGCUCACCCAGGCCCUCGCUUACCCGCCAGCCCAGUGCAAUCACAGAGUCUGCUGCGGAUGGAUCUAAGCCAAGAGACUACCUGAUUCUCGCCAUCUUGUCAUGCUUCUGCCCGCUGGUGCCCCUCAACAUCGUAGCUCUCACCUUCUCAGUGAUGUCUCGAAACAGUCUGCAGCAAGGCAACGUGGAUGGAGCUCGCCGUUUGGGCCGUAACGCCAUGGUGCUGUCUAUUGUCGCCAUUUUAGGAGGAAUUGCCAUCAUUGCUGCAGCCAUCGCCCUCAACUGGGGAUUAAUAUUAAAAUCCUGAUUAAAACCAGCCAGCAAGGUGAGACCAUCUUCACAACUGCAUCUAAACCAACACGCUACCGUUGAAGCACUACCGUUCUCCAGCACCUGCACCAGAUGAAAAACAACUAAAAUUCUGUUCCUGUUCUAUGCUGUUGUUUGUUCCUGCACGAUGAUGAGCAUGGUCUGCCUGACACUCUACCUCCAACCUCCAACACAAACUACCAACCCAAUCCCGAGAUCACAGCUAGAGAACAGGAUCCUUCCCCAGAUGCUCGUGUCAAUCUGUGGUAGCAGCUUAUCUCCUCUUCACAAUGAUUUCUUUCCCAUCCGUGAACAUGUGUUGUCAUGGAAACUGACAUUUGUCAGACAUUUGUCUCCAUGGAAAAUUGGAUUAUUCUGGUUUCUAAAUGACCGCAACGAAGUAAACUUGGGGUAACAUGAGUUUACACUUUGUUGUCCAAAAAUGUGGAACUCUGUCUCAGCUGAACUGAAACUAGAGGAUGGUGCUGCUGUGAUGCUUCAUCGUGAACUGAGGAUGAGCUGGGAUUCUUACUGUAAGGGCCGGAAAAAAAAGGAAAACUGGGGGUUCUGCACUACAAGAAAAUGGAGGAUCUGUUUCUUCAGACAAAAUGCAGCGAUUGAGUCUUUUCCAUCAGCUUCUGCAACUCAGCUGCAUCAUUUUGGUCAUUUUGUUCUUUGAUAUAUGACUAAGGUAAAUCUUCAGCAGUUGUAACAUUAAAAUGUGUUUUUUUUUCUGUCCCGCUGUUUUUGGAGGCAGUGAACUAACUAUGCUCACUCCACCGCUGCUUUUGCAUUGUGAGCUGAGCUGCAGUAACUGAUUCCAGGUCAGUUCCUCAGAUUCAGCCAUAUUUAAUUACUUUGUCUGACCACAGCGUCUCCACUUACCAGACAUAAAGUGAUGGGCAGAUUCAUAUUAUUCCGGGUGAUCUCCAGGACUUCUAUUAAUUUGGACAGUUAGGGUUACAUUUGCUCUGCACAUCUUGACUUGCUCUGAGUGUUCCCGACGUGGAUCAAUUUUUUCCUGCUGAUUGCUACUGUUCUCUCUGCAGCCUUUAACUUCAGCCUGCAGUUUCUUCAUUGGCUUCAUCUUUAUUGGCUUUGGAGAUACUUUAACAAUGCACAAACAAUCAAAGUUCCCUGUUAAAUGUUUAAGCGCUUAAAAAGUCAAGAUUUUCUAAUUUGUUCUUUGGUUCCACUUUCAGAAUCAGUACUCUAGUAACAUACCUUCCAGAGAGCAGACAUGUUUGGGCCAAAUCCGGGCUCGUUUUGACCUUUAUGGCUCAGUUGCAGCCCUGACAAGUGUUGUGUGGACCAGAUGUCAGUUGUUGGCCUGGACGUGGAUUAUGGCAAACAUUUUGUGGGCCAGAAGUGGUCCCAAUACAGAAAGCCUUUCUUUUGCCAAAGUCUAUGUGAGCCACAUGGGGUGAUCAUGUUGCUGAGUUUUGGCAGCCACAUUCACAUUUAAAUGCUGUAAGUCAAGGCCAAAUUUGGGCCAAACCUUUUUUUCUAUCUGGGCUGUCCCAAGAAAAUUAUGGUACUUAUCACAAGAUUUGUACCCACUCUAAUAAAACUAUGGUGUUUACAAAAAGUAUGGUACCUGUCACAAGAAAGCUAAAUUAGUU